GUUCGUAGUUAGUAUGCGUUCGAUAAAAAUACGAAUGCCGGGCCAGGAAAAAAAGCAGUUUUCAGCGUUUUUCCAGCCAUUCCUCAGAAAUUGCUAAUUUGGAUAAGUGAAAAAUUAAUAUGAAAAUGUAAUGAAUAUGCAAUGAUAGAGAUGUAUCGUCUUGAUUGGGAUGACAGUUCGAGUGACUCUGACUGUGAAGCCUGGCACAACAAAAAACGCCGAUCCAAGCGGUCCAGCUCUAAAAACUGUAAGCAGGUGGGCAGAUACUCAACGAAUGGCAGAGGCUUAAUGUUUCGGGACGCUAUGGAUGACACAGCAGCUCCACGUCUGUAUCGUCAUCUAGAGCAGACCUCCAUUGGGAUUGGUUACCAACAAGGCAUAACUGGCAUGAAGGCUCAAUUCAACUACCAUAGCUCAAAUCUGUCGGAAAUGAUGUCCGGUGAAAAAAUAUUAUUCUGGGAAUCCGAGCCACGGAACAAGAUGUAUCGUCGCGAUUGGGAUGACAGUUCGAGUGACUCUGACUGUGAAGCCUGGCACAACAAAAAACGCCGAUCCAAGCGGUCCAGCUCUAAAAACUGUAAGCAGGUGGGCAGAUACUCAACGGAUGGCAGAGGCUUAAUGUUUCGGGACGCUAUGGAUGACACAGCAGCUCCACGUCUGUAUCGUCAUCUAGAGCAGACCUCCAUUGGGAUUGGUUACCAACAAGGCAUAACUGGCAUGAAGGCUCAAUUCAACUACCAUAGCUCAAAUCUGUCGGAAAUGAUGUCCGGUGAAAAAAUAUUAUUCUGGGAAUCCGAGCCACGGAACAAGAUGUAUCGUCGCGAUUGGGAUGACAGUUCGAGUGACUCUGACUGUGAAGCCUGGCACAACAAAAAACGCCGAUCCAAGCGGUCCAGCUCUAAAAUCUGUAAGCAGGUGGGCAGAUACUCAACGAAUGGCAGAGGCUUAAUGUUUCGGGACGCUAUGGAUGACACAGCAGCUCCACGUCUGUAUCGUCAUCUAGAGCAGACCUAUCAAUAUCAGACUCCAGCUCCCCAAUAUGUGAUGCAACAACAAACCAGUACCCCUAAUGGAGGCUACCAGUUCCAGUCCUGCAGCUCUGGCCAGUAUCAAUAUCAGACUUCAGCUCCCCAAUAUGUGAUGCAACAACAAACCAGCACUCUUAAUGGAAACAAUUCGGUUUCAUCCUAUGGAAAUACGAGCAACUUCCCAAAUACAGUUGUUCACUAUAGAUAUACAUAAAAGAAAGACUACCGAUUCAAGUCCUGCAGCUGUGGUCAGGUGACUCAAGUCAAGAACAGAAGCGCAAAGCAGCUGGAUAUGAGACACUGUACUCACAAGCGUUAUUCGUGAUUACAUCCAUCCCAAAAACUCGCGCACAGUACGAGAAGCUGAACACACAAAAGAGGAUAACAACAACAAAGCCAUAGCCAUAUCUGUAUGAAAUAUGUAGUUUAUUUGACCCCUUUAAUUAAUAAAAU